GCCUUGGCCGAAGGACUUCUUUCGAAUUUUUAUUUUCUGUGAUUUGUUCUGUGAAGGCAUUUUCUCUACCCUAAUCGCUACAACCAUCCCCCAAUAUUCUCAAAGAUCCCAGUUUUAAGCAUGUCGGUUCAGCUAUGUGACGAUCCAUUUAAGACUAUAAGUGAAAUAGACCAUUGUGAUCUAUUUCCUCGGAAAUAUGGUUUCCACCUCGCGUGUCUCUGCGAAGAUUGUGUUCCAAAACUAAGAGAGCUCGCUGCUUUUGAGGAAGAGAUAAAAAACAAGCGGAAGCUUGUCAGUGCAUUUAUAUACCGAAUGAAUUGGUCACAAGAUCGUUGUAUGUUUCUGUCCACCGCCGUUGAGCGCACGAAAAAGACGCUGGAUUUACUUCUCAAUAACCUCUCAACAGUAUCUAAGAAGUCUGGAAUCUCACUUACGCUUAAACCAAGUGCUUCUGUAGCCAAACUGGAACAAACUGAUUUGGUAAUAGCUAGAUUGCUAGUACAGCAUGGCCUGAUGAAUGACUUUGAGAAUGAAAAUGCAAUUGAGAGUUGUGAAGAAGAAGAAGAAGAAGAAGAUGAGGAUGAUGAUGAUGAUGAAGGGGAGGAUGAGGAAGAGGAGGAAACUGAUGAGGUUCUUCCUAUUGGGUCUAACAUCAGUUCUCUGCUAUUUUAUUACGGGCAAACUAAGGUUAAAGAUGUUGCUCAUAGCCUACUUGAGAAGAUUGAUAAUCUAGAUAAAGAACUCUGGGAGGCUAAGAAAUCUGCUGUAGCAGAAAAUAAACCAAUGGAUCCCUUGGUUCCCAUGAAGUGCAUUGAAGAACAAAUUAGGCAUAUAAAGAUGUUGCCGGUUGAGGAAUUGCACGAUGAAGUUAAAGAGCUGGUUGUUGAACUUACCGACAGGCAUGAGAAAGUGGGGAGGGCUCUCACAGCAUUGGAUGACAUCUCCACUACUUGCCGUGCUAUGAUUAAAAUAAGGAAUGAGUUCUUGUUAAAAUAUAAUACGUGUGAUAUUUCAUCCUUGACAAGCAGAAAUGGAAAUAAACACAGUUUGAGUGGGUUAGGAGAAACCCUUGAUUCACUACUGACCCAGGUUAAAUUGUUCAAAGAUCAUUGGGAGACAGACUAUGCCCCUUUCUUUACUCCAUAUGAUCGGUUGGACCCUAAAAGACAACGGACUGCAUAAAUUUUGUGGAUAGCUUUUCCUCGGAUUACCCGAUGUCGAAGUUAGAUAUUUGAUAUUUUUGUAGGGGUAUUGUAUUUUUUGAAACCACCACGCCGGCUGACCUAAAGUUUGCCUUGGGAACCCUUAAAAGUUCGAUGCCUGAUAAAUUAUCUUGAUGCCAGGGAUUACAUUUUGUACUUCUAAACUUAUAUUAUUAUAAAUACUGGUUUAAAGUUUGUGAUGUGGUUUCUAAUAUGCUAAAAGGUGUAAGAAGCAUUCACUGAAUAAUGCUGUUUGUAGUUGUGGUUAUUGAUAUGCAUUAUAUUUGGGGCUAUUUAUAUCUAAUGCUCUAUGUCAUGUAUUUGAUAUCCUUUCUGGCUCAGCGUAG